AUGGAGCCACAAGCGCUCCUCGAUCUCCUGAAGGAUGCCGAGCACUGGCAGGGCAGGCGACCUACUGUGCGCAAUGGGCCUCGCGUCGUCGACCUCGACAUCCUAUUCGACGAUAAUAGGGUCUAUGAGAGCGGCAAGCUACCUGGGAGAGAAUUAAAAGUACCACACUCACGAAUACCGGAGCGUGAGUUCGUCCUUCGACCGCUGGCAGACAUUAUACCAACCUUUCGGCACCCAGUCCUUGGGAGCUCCGUAUCCGACCUCCUGAGAGCAUUGCCAUCUAGUGCCUCGCCGAUGAAUCGUAUUCUCAACUUCCCGUCGUCACACGACUCUAUCCCGCCGGUAAUAUGGGCGUUAGGGUCUCAAUCUUUUAUCAUGGCUACUUUAAAUACAACACCAGAUUCGUUCUCGGACGGGGGAGACCAUACCGACUGGGACUCGAUACUUGGAUACGCUCAGCACGCAGUCAAGUGUGGUUCUUCUAUCAUCGACAUCGGAGGCUAUUCAACUCGGCCCGGAUCGAGUUUCGUUUCUGUCCAGGAAGAACAGAGGCGCACCGCGCCGUUCAUAGCCCAUCUUCGCCAAUCUGGAGUACACAUCCCAAUUUCAGUGGACACAUUCCGUGCAGAAGUCGCCCUUGCCUCUCUCGAAGCUGGAGCCAACUGCAUCAAUGAUGUGUAUGCCUUGACUGGUCCCCAUCAAGGCGUCGCUGGUGUCCAUUCUUCACAUUUAUCCACCGACGAUAUCGGUGUUUCAGUUUCGGAUGACGGCGCCAUGCUGAGCCUUGCCGUACGCGCAAAAGUGCCACUCAUUCUCAUGCACUCUCGAGGCCUUGCCAAUCAGAACAAGGAUUAUUCCUCAUUCAAAGGAGGAAUUAUCGAAGGAGUUCGUCGUGAACUAGGUCUGCGAGUUGAGCGAGCGCUCAGAGCGGGUGUACGACGAUGGAAUAUUAUCCUAGAUCCAGGCAUUGGAUUCUCGAAAUGUGUCGAGGAUAACUGA